AUUCUUACUCCUCAAAAUCACUGUUCACUAUAAGUUCAUCGUUUCGUUGUGACAUUGACAUUUCGCUAUCUUUUUCGCUCGUGUACUGUUGGUUCAAUUUUUCCGAAGUGACGGAUCUGCAAUCACAACAAUAUCCAUUUUGAACUAUGGCUGCUUUAGCAAACAAGGGAUCUGCACUGGUAUCGACUCUGCUGACCCAGGCCCGACCAAAAUUCAACGUUUUUCUUAAAUAUGCCAAAGUAGAACUCACGCCGCCAACCCCAGGAGAUAUCCCGGCUAUUCGAAAUGGCAUUGCCCGGAUCAUCUCUGGAGCUCGCACCGGAGCAUGGAAAAACCUGACCGUCAAAGAGGCAUGGUUAAACUCGCUAGUUACGGCAGAGGUGUUUUUCUGGUUCUAUGUAGGCGAGUGCAUUGGCAAGCGUCAUCUCGUUGGUUAUAAAGUUUGAACGAAUUUAGUGGAAAACAAUUUGAGUUAGUUGCAAUCGAUAGCCAGGACAUCGGCAUAAAAGAAGAAAGUACACAAAUACAUACUACAAAAAGCGAAGCGAAAA